ACUUCGUCUCAUCUUAACCAAUCAAAAUUCUCACGUCGUGAAAGAGACCAAGCCCCAAAAUCUGAAAACUCUACGAAUAAUAAAAAUCAAAUCAAAGUCCUUCUGACAACCUGAGAAGGUGGCGUAGUCGAACGUGAUGACGACCACGUCAACUUCAACUACCAAUCCGGAUCUGCCAUAUCACCAGUCUCCCUUAUGCUCAUCUCUCUCCUCUUUACUCGCCGAUCUUCAGAACCACCAAGAGAAUACUCGCAAUCCAUCUCUGCCCAACGCCAUGGACGAUUUUCUCAAGAACAUUUACUCCGCUCCCACGCCCGAUCAGCCAUCUCUCUCCGGCGCGUCCUUCUCACGCGAGGGCAGUUUUAGUAUUGCUAAAGAUAUGGCCAACAAAUCCGUCGAGGAGGUCUGGAAGGAGAUUGUCGCCGGCAGCGGCACCGGCGAGAGGAGCGCCGUGUCAUGUGACGAAGAGAUGACUCUCGAGGAUUUUUUGACCAAGACUGGUGCUGUCAGAGAGGAGGAUCAACUUAAUUCUAAUAAUAAUAAUAAUACUACUACUACCAACGAGGUUAAUAGUAAUAAUAAUUGUUAUAUUAGUAGUAGUGUUAAAAAUAAUAGUAAGAGUAAUCGGAUGGUGGUCGUUGGAAGUGGAAGAGGAAAAAGAAGAAUAGUGGAAGAGGCGCCUUUGGAUAGAGCCACACAGCAAAAGCAAAGAAGGAUGAUUAAGAAUCGUGAAUCUGCAGCGAGGUCUAGAGAGCGCAAGCAGGCGUAUACCGUUGAACUGGAGUCUUUAGUAACGCAACUGGAGGAGGAGAAUGCUCGGCUGUUGAGAGAAGAGGCUGAACAAAACAAGCAGAGGUUUAAGCAGCUGAUGGAGAAUGUAAUUCCAGUUGUUGAGAAGAAAAGACCACCUCGUGUUCUUCGGAGAGUGCAUUCGCUACUCUGGUAGAGAAGCUUUCGUUAUUAUAAUCAACAAUUAGAUUGAAAAAGAAAAAGAUCGGUUUCUUUGGCCUGCCAUUGAAAGCUAUAGCAAGAAAUUAGACGGGACAAGAAAACGACUUUAUUUUGCUGAAUUAGAUUAACAAAUGUCAGGUUUGAUCCUCUUUUGCCGGCCAUCAUUCUUUGAUCUUACAGAGAUGCUGGUACAGCUGAAGACUUUUAUGUUUUCUAAAUUGAAGAUAGAUAUGAAUUGUAAAUCCAUUGCUUAUGAUAUCCCUGACAAAUUUGAAAUAGAUUUGCUUUAAGUAAAAUACUGAAGAAAAUUACAGCCCCAAAAAACAAAAGAACUAUCCUAUCAGAAAGCUUUUCUUACCUGCCAUACAUUGCUGGGAGAAAAACUGAUUGAUAUGAACUCAUCUGUACUAAUUAUAUAAUAUGAUAUUUUUACA